UCCUACCCAGCGUGCACUGCUCAGCGAGGGAAGACAUUCAGAUUCCAAAUGGCCCUAGAUUCCAAAGUCCCCAGUGUUCUGCUGAAAGUCCUGGAAAAUCUGAACUCUGAAGAUGUGGUGAAGUUCCAGACACACCUGGUCCAGGGUGUGAGAGAUGACUCUCCUGUUGUGUCCAAGUUCGAGCUGGACCGCGCCGUGGUGAAGGUGAUGGUCGGUCAGAUGAUGCAGGUCUACGGAGAGAAAGACGCUGUGGAGAUCUGUGAGAUCAUUCUGAAGAUGAUCAACCAGAACCUUCUGGCCCAAAGCUUGUCCAAAAUGAAAGGAUACUUCAGCCCCGAGGUUCCAUAUGAGCAGGUUCUGCCUGAUGGACUGAAGAACCAAACGCUCAUCACCAUUCGUGGACAGGUCAAACACAAUGUUGAGAGAUUCCACAUCAACCUCUGUAAAGGCAGCGACAUUGCCUUCCACCUCAACCCUCGCUUCAAUGAGGACGGGAAGCAGGUAGUUGUGAGGAACACCUGGAUUGGAGGUGUCUGGGGUCCCGAGGAAAGAGACCUUCCUUUCUUCCCUUUCACACCUGGAAAACCUUUUGAGAUCAAAAUUUUGUGCACCAGCUCUGAAUUCAACGUGGACGUCGACAACAAUCACUUGCUGACAUACACACACCGCAUUACGGACCUCGUUCAGAUAAGAAAACUGUCCAUCCAUGAUGUUUUCCUGACGUCUGUCCACGUAGAUCCAGAGCCUCUCUGGAUGACCCCAGUGUGCACGCGCUGCUUGGAUGACGUAAUCUACGAGAACAUGUCCCUCAUCAUCCACGGGCACGUCAAGCCGAACGCUAAAGUGUUCACAAUCGAUGUGAUGAAAGACAACGACAUAUUCUUUCAUUUUAAACCCUGUUUUGGGAACGACGGGCGUCACAUGAUCAAGAGAAACAGUCUGAUUGGCAGUGAGUGGGGCGCUGAGGAAGCAGAUACUCCUCACUUCCCGUUUGCUCAGGGAAGAUCUUUUGUGGUGAAGAUCGUUUGCACUAACGAAGAGUUCAAAGUGGAUGUUAACGGUUCCCACCUGCUGGACUUCAAAUGCCGACAGCCUGACAUCACCAAGAUAAACAAGGUCACAAUUUUGCAAGACGUCAUCGCCGUGUCCGUCAGGGUGGAGCCGUGACUUUCAUUUUGGCGCCGAACAGUCAAAGCUACUGCAGCGUUUCUGGAUUUCUUCUGUUUAUUCAUCACUAAUUAAACUUCAUGACUUUGUCCUUUAAUAUGAUUAAUAUUCAGAUUUCUCGCCUGGCUCUUCAUUAAUGAAGGAAUAUUAUUUCUAGACUUUAAUACUUCGUAAUAAAAUACAGUAAAGCUUUUACAUACCGUUCAUUCAUACAGUCGCAUGGCUGUGGACUGAGUGGCUCAACAGGAUUAAGAAAUGCAGCAUAGAGCUGCAUGGAAAAAAUAUCUGCUGCAUUUAUUAAAUAAAGACAUGAAAUAUUGAUCUUUAA